CGCCCCGCCACACUCAAGAUGUCGCCGUCGCCGCGGCCGUGCCCGCCCCGCCGUGACGCGCGGCGUCAGCUGACGGCAGAGUCGCCGGUGGCGGCGGCGGGGGGCGGGCGCCGGCACUCGCAGUCGUCCGCCGCUGCCGCGCAGAGCCGCCGCCGGGCCUGAGGCUGAGCCGCCGCCGCCAUGCCCUCGGAGAAGAGCUUCAAGCAGCGCCGCACCUUCGAGCAAAGAGUGGAAGAUGUACGACUGAUUCGAGAUCAGCAUCCAACUAAAAUACCAGUGAUCAUUGAAAGGUACAAGGGAGAGAAGCAGCUUCCAGUUCUGGAUAAGACCAAGUUCCUGGUGCCAGAUCAUGUCAACAUGAGCGAGCUAAUCAAAAUUAUCAGGCGACGCCUGCAGCUGAACUCCAACCAGGCGUUCUUCCUCCUCGUGAACGGACACAGCAUGGUGAGCGUUUCCACGCCCAUAUCCGAGGUGUAUGAGAGCGAGAAGGACGAGGAUGGGUUCCUGUACAUGGUGUACGCCUCCCAGGAGACUUUCGGAGUGCAAUCUUCUGUCUAAGACAUGCGAGCGGCUUCUAGCCUAGGAUUUUGGUUUACCCUUGGCCAUCACCCCCGCUCUUCCCCACACACACCCCAGGGAAAGAAACGGAUGUCACCUGUGCUCUCAGUACCGUAGCAUAGUCUUGCUUUAGCAGGUGUCUCAUCUUACCUUGCCUUGUUUGUGACUAUUAAACAGUACAGACGAGCACCUCCAGCUUUGAAACCUGCUGUAAUAUUCCACACAGGCACAUUUACAUUUCUGGACUUUAUGAAUGGAACCCAGUUGUGCAUGUGACAAUUGCAAAUAAAGGGACACUCGAUCGACUUUUAACGAGCAAACAGGCACCAGGGAGGAGCUAAAGUGUUUUGUGUGACAGUUUCCUGGAAAAUCUCCCUAUGAUUCCUUAAAGCUUUUAUUUUUAUUUUUUUUUAAAUGGGAAGGCUUCUCAUGAGAGCAAAUAUGUUUUAUGUUCCAAAGCAGAGCUUUGUCUUCUGCAGCUCGAUGAGACUCAUGUCAGUGCUGCAGUGAGUUAAGGCAAGUGCUUGGGGUGAGCUGGGGGUGCACAACUCUUUUUUGUCUCUGUUUUUUUGUGGCACUGCAAACUUAGGACCGGUGCCAGUUUCUGAAAUACUCAUACCAAACACCACAGCUUUAUCGUAGUUUUAAGAAGUGUUUAACUGUAAAAUACACACCUGGACAGGUAAUGUUGAAAUAAACUCCAGUCCGUUAUGAAUUUCCCAUGCCUGCGUGUUCAGUGAAACACUUGGUAUAAAAGCUCGCUUCCAAAAGCUCACACCACCCCCCCCAGCCCGGAGGUUUGCUGUUCCCUUGCCCGGCGGCAAGGGGCUGCCGGAUGGUGGUGCAACCGCAGACACGAGCAGCACCCGCAUCGCUCGUGGCCUCGGGAGCGCUGCCCAUCCUCGCCGUCCCCAUCUGCUUGGCAGGGCGGGCGCGUCGAAGCCCUCCGAUGUGAGCAGGCGAGCGGCUUUGUUGUACCCAGCUCUGUGCCGAACGCUGGGACUCGGACACGCCACCGGAAUUACCAACCCACCCUGCCUAACCAGUCUGUCACUUGUAUUUUUUGCAUGUUACCACCGAGGGGGAAGUCAGGGAGAAGCGCUUUUAGAAGCAGCUCGCGGCCGGGAGUUGCUGUCAAGAGUUGACGAACAAAUGAUUUUUUUUUUUUUUUUUUCCAUCGCUGAAGUCUGCCACUCACGUGGGGUUUGGAAGACCUUGGUGUUACUACUGUCCUGUGCAGAGGAAAGGCAUCUCGUAGGGUAUCUCUGUGUUUUUCCUCUAGAGUCAUUAAGUGGAACGUAGCAGGAUGAGAUUACUCGUGUAUAUUAUGUGUCUGUGAACUAACUACAUCUGUUACUGGAAGCUAAUUUACUCUUAACGGGGGGGGAAAAGAAGCAAUACUACUGCGUCUUGGCACUCUAGCUCAAUAAGGUGUAAAAUUUGUACCUACCUACACCUCUUUGCAUGCAUCUCGUUCACAAUGCUUACUUCAGAUUUUUUAUUGUUCUUUGUGUUUUUACUCCAAUGUAAACUUUUAAAUGCAGCUUGUUCUAUGUUUAGUUUUGUUCGUGUAAGAAAUUGUUUAACUCAUAACUGACAACCAUACUUGUAAUUACGACGUGAUUGGCUGAUAUUCCUGUACAAAUGUUGCUUUUUUAAAAUUAAUACAGUGCUGAUAUGGAUGGAUUACAUCCCGACUUAA